AUGAGAACUAGGCACGUAUCCUACGUGACCGAGACCCACCACUUCGACGAGUAUGGCAAUCCUGUGAGGUCGGAGUCCUCGCCCGGGCACAAGGUGAUCCGAGUCCCGCGUGGCUUGACAGGAGCCGAGGUGCCGGGCCUGGCACAGGAGGUGGUGGAGAAGUGCAAGAAGUACAUCCCCGCCUCUAAGGUGGGGGAGGUGGAGCAGUUGCUGUACGCCCUUGCAGAGCACGAGGCCGGGUAG